GAUAUGGCUAUACUGCCACGUGACAGUAAAAUGGUGCUAAGGACAAUGGCACUGGGGACGCUAGUCCUGGCGGUAGUGUUCGGCGCGGGCGGUAUGGUUGCCGGUGAGCUGGUGACAACCUACGACCAGAAGGCUUACCAGUGUUGCCAAGAAUCGUAUGUAGUGGACGGCAAGCAGCAGCGGUGUGUCCGCACCGAUGGUAAUUACACAACCGAUAUGCACCUCAACUGUACUCACAGCUACAUGAUCUACCGGGAGAUCGAGCAGGAGGUGUACGUGGAUGAGUCUGGGAGUUUGGUUGAUGGAGAGUACCGUAUCCAGCGCAGCGACUACUGUGUAGCCCACACCCCAGACGGGGACGGCACGCAACCGGUCUUUGUGGUGUGCUUUAAUAUGGCCAACAUGGAGACGAUUACUACAAUGCUCAUCAGCAAAGGCAUCAUGAUGCUGAUCUCCGUCUUCUUUCUGCUAGUCACACUGUACAUCUACUACACCAUCCCGGAUCUGCGGGAAACGCAGGACAAAGUGACGUCGGCAGCCGUCGCCAGUCUAGCGGUGUUUAUGUUCCUGCUCAGCCUGGUCCAGCUGUGGGUGACGCUAACGCAUACCGCCUUCUGCACGGUCAUAGCGUUCCUGAUGUACUUCUUCCUCAUCAGCUAUUUCGCCUGGUUGAACAUGGUCAUGGCGAACGUAUGGAAAUUGACAGUUGCACGUCGAUGGAAGAUCAGAGAACGAUCCUGGUACAUCCUGAACCAUAUCUACGCCACCACGGUAGCAGUGACGUUAACGACCAUGGUCUACAUUUAUCACAGCCGGUAUCCGACCCUUGGCGAAAUCUCCUGCUGGUUCCGAACCGAACGGGAACAGUCCUACUUCGUCUAUCUACCGCUGAGCGUGAUGCUGAGCAUCAACAUUUUCCUGUUCGUUUGGACGAGCCUUCAUCUGCAUGCGAGCGGAGACGACAUUAGCCCCGACCGGAAGAAAUCGCUCCGGUACAAGUGCAUGCUGUACUUGAAGCUGUUCCUACUGUCCGGCCUGAUCUGGGUGUUUGAGAUUUUAUCGUUCCACAUGAGCGAAGGUUUGGUGCCACAGUCCUGGUUUUGGAUUAUCGUCGAUGCCGUCAACUGCCUGCACGGGGUGCUCAUCUUCUUCGUAUUGAUCGUGUGGCGACAGCGCAUUAAACGCGAGCUGGCCAACCGGCGGUUGUUCUGUUUCCGUGCACCGGCACGCUGGGCCGAGCUGAAAGACGACGAACAGGAGCAUCUGCACGAUGAAGGUCGCGAUACGGGGAAGUAUGAUCUUAUCAUCAAGUAAACAGAACCUUACGAAAUAACGCAAACUCCAUCGAAACACCGUUGGACCCAUAUCGUGGAGACACCUGCCAUCUGGCAGCAAAGUGUUGAGCACGUACGCACUUACCAUCAUCGGUGACCUCAUUCAUAAUCGG